UCAUUUUUAUUUGCAAUAUUUCUCUACUAGCAGAAGCAGCCUCCAUCCCCUAUUAAAUUAUAUUUAUUUUAUGAAGCUAAGGGUUUUUUUUUUUGUUUGUUUUUGGUGGUGGUGGUUUUUACAAAGAAAUUUUGAAACAGUUGAACCUGUGUAAUGUUAUCUUGUAAAGCUGAAAAUAGUUUAAACAUUAAUUACCCAUAGAGACAGGUUCCUUUAUACUUUACAAAUAGAUUUUAAUUUAUUUAUAUUUUCUUACCAUUGCGGUAUUGUACUUACUUAUGGUAACUACAUCAGACCUGGAGGGUUUUGUCAGACUCCGGGGAAUGUAAAAAGCAUUGUUGUGGUUAACCAUAAGUGCACAUUUAUGUUCAAACAUUGGACAUUUAAUUGAUAAAAUGUGAGUUCUCUCUGUACUGAUCAGCAGAGACUCAUAAAUUAUGAAUUAAUUUCAAGAUCACAAGUAAAUAACACAGAUAAAGCUGUAAUCUAUAGAAGAAAUGUUUGCAUUUUUCUGCCAUUGUGCCUGGAUUUUUCUUUGUCUCUUUGUGUUUGAAGUUGUAGAAGUGGCUUCCUCUGAAAGAGUGUGUAGUUAUCAGGAGGUUUUAAACUACCUGAACCUGAACAGAGGCAAUGAUCUGUUUUCCUUGACCCGACCUGUGAAAGACUUCAGAAAAGCCACAAAGGUCCAUCUGGAAGUAUUGCUGUACGCUAUCCUGGAUGUGAGAGAGAUUGACCAGACAUUCGUACCAUAUGUUUGGAUAGUUAUGCACUGGCAGAAUGACUUCAUUUCCUGGGAUCCCAGUAAAUUCUGUAACAUCACAAAAGUUACAAUUCCCACAGAUAUUCUGUGGAAGCCAGAUCUCACCAUUGAUGAAAUGACAGAAAGGGACAAAGCCCCUCCAAGUCCUUACCUCACCAUCACCAACAAUGGCACAGUCUUAAUCCAGAAUGACCAGGUGCUGGUCAGCACAUGCAUGAUGCAGGUUUUUAAAUUCCCAUUUGACGUUCAGAGCUGCACUCUCUCAAUUAAAUCAGUUGUUCACUCCGUUGAGGAAAUUAACCUGUUAUAUUCCUUGAACUCCUCAGUGACUACUAAUUGGUCACGUGAGUUGAUGAGAACGCAGUACGAGUGGUUGUUUGUUAAAAUGACAGUUACCAACAAAACGGUUAAACCAUUUGGAUCCCAGCAAGACACAAUUAUUUACACUAUCUAUAUGAAAAGGAGAUCUAUACUCUACAUCGUCAACUUCCUGCUGCCUGUCCUCUUCUUCUUGUGCUUGGAUUUGUCCUCCUUCCUGAUCUCAGACAGAGGAGGUGAGAAGAUCAGCUUCAAGGUCACGGUGCUGCUGGCUGUCACCGUGAUGCAGCUCAUUCUCAAUGACAUUCUGCCGUCAUCGUCAGACAGGAUCCCGCUGAUUGCGGUCUACUGCAUUGGGAUUUUUGCGCUGAUGUUCCUCAGCCUCCUGGAGACGAUUUUGAUGAUGCAUCUGAUGGACAUCGAGUCUGAAUCCCAGGAAAAUGAGAGGAACAAAAGACACAGUUUGGAAGACGGUUGUGCAGACAGUGAAGAUAGAAACGCCAACUACCGAAGCUGUGAGAAAGAAGAGAAGAACUGGUCUGGGUGUUCAUGUAUCUUUGGUGUGUCUGCAGACAAGAUGCCAAAUGACCUGGGGCAGGGUUGCAGCAGCCGACUGACGGAGCAGCUGCAGGUGUUUGUCAACUUCUCAGAUGGACUGAAGGAGUUGACAAGGAUGCUGUCUCUGCUUACGAACAAUGCCAAGGAGGAAGGGAAGCCUGGCUUUUGGACCAGAAAGAUUAACAUCAUCAACCGAGCUUACUUUAUACUCUAUGUAACAGCUUCCAGCUUGUUCUUGGGCCUCAUGUUUUCCAUCUGGACUUCUGCCGACGAAUAAGGUUUCUGUUUCAGGCUCAGAAACAUUUUAGUUUUAGCUUAUGCUAAUUGAAAAGUAAACUUGUUUUGAUAUAGGUAUUUAAAUGCCCAGUAGGUAUCAGUCGUACCGUUACGUUUCCUCAGUCAGU